UCGGAUCAUCACCUACAUCUUCAAAACCCUAAACCCUUUUCUCUCAGCACCUAGUUCUCUCUCUCUCUCUCUCUCUCUCUCUCUCUCUCUCUCUCCCUCUCCCUCUCCUUCUCUCUCUCUCAAAAUGCCUAAGAGAAGCAAAAAGAGUAAGAGCAAAAGGGUCUCACUGAAACAAAAAUACAAGGUGAUUAGAAAGGUCAAAGAGCAUCACAAGAAGAAGGCUAAAGAUGCUAAAAAACAGGGGCUUAACAAGAGGCCUAAAGUAGAGAAAGACCCAGGUAUUCCAAAUGACUGGCCUUUCAAGGAGCAGGAGCUGAAAGCUCUCGAAGCUCGACGGGCUCUUGCGCUUGAGGAAUUGGAGCAAAAGAAAGCUGCCCGGAAAGAAAGGGCCAGAAAGAGGAAAUUGGGCCUGCCAGAGGAUGAUGAUGUGGAUGCUUCAAAAGAACAAAAUGCUGGUGAGGAGACUGUUAAAACUGAACCCAUCGUUAAAAUUCGAGACACUCCCGAGAAGGCUUUCUACAGGGAGUUGGCCAAGGUCAUUGAAGCAUCUGAUGUUAUAUUGGAAGUGCUUGAUGCACGUGAUCCUCUGGGUACACGCUGUGCAGAUAUAGAAAAGAUGGUGCUGAAAGCUGGGCCUCAGAAGCAACUCGUAUUGCUUCUCAAUAAAAUUGAUCUUGUGCCUAAGGUCUCUGUAGAGAAGUGGCUCAAGUAUUUUAGGGAGGAACUACCAGCUGUUGCUUUUAAAUGCAGCACGCAACAUCAAAAGUCAAAUCUAGGGAAGAAGUAUGCUGCAAAGGGGACCAAAAAGACUCCAAAACCAAGCAGUCUUCUGGAAUCUGGUGACUGCCUUGGAGCCCAAACUCUUACAAAAUUACUGAAAAAAUAUUCCAAAAGCCGUGAGAUUACGAAUACAAUCACUGUUGGUGUUGUUGGUCUUCCUAACGUUGGGAAGAGUAGCCUUAUCAACAGCUUAAAAAGAUGUCACGUUGUAGAUGUUAGUGCUACUCCAGGAUUGACAAAGUCUAUGCAAGAAGUUGAAUUAGACAAGAAUAUUAAAUUAUUGGAUUGCCCAGGGGUUGUUAUGGUAAAAUCCGAGGAGAAUGAAGCAUCCAUUGCUCUUAGGAAUUGCAUGAAAAUUGACAAAGUUGAUGAUCCAACUAGUCCAGUAAAGGAAAUUUUCAAGUUAUGCCCUGCCAAAACCUUGGUAAUGCUAUACAGGAUCCCCAGUUUUGACUCGGUGGAUGAGUUUCUUCAAAAUGUAGCAACUGCUAGGGGCAAGCUAAAAAAGGGCGGCAUUGUGGAUGUUGAUGCUGCUGCUAGAAUCGUUUUGCACGAUUGGAAUGAGGGUAGAAUUCCAUAUUACACAAUGCCCCCAACCAGGGAAGGAGGAGAGCCUAUGCAAACUAAUAUAAUAUCAGAACUUGGGAAGAAGUUCAAUGUGGAUGAAGUAUAUGCUACAGAGUCCUCAUUUAUUGAAAACCUUAAAUCUGCAGAAGAUUUUCAACUGGUUGAAGUUCCAGCAAAUGGACCUCUUACAUUUGAUGAGAAGCUCUUCGAGGAUGAAUUGCAGCCGCAACCAGUGCCUGCAAGGAAAGGUACAGCUCAUAGUAAAAAUACUGGUAGUGACAACAAUGAGCCCAUGGAUGAAGAUGAUGCAGGUGAGAAGAAAGCACACACUGCAGGCGACCAAAAGAAUACAGAGCUGAAUGAUGCAGAUGGUGUACUUGACACCAAGGUUCGGAAAGCAGACAAGAGAGCUAAAAAGGCCAAAAAAUCUUCUUCCACAGAAGACAUGGAAGGUGAUUACGACUUUAAGGUGGAUUACUUCAAGAAAGAUACUGUGAAUGAUGAUGCCAGUGACGAGGAGGACAUCCCGGCUAACACUCCCAGUAAUGACGCAGAUACCAUGGAUAACACUUCUACCGGGAGCAAACUAGAGACACCAAUUGAGCUGGAUUGAUACGGAAGUAGUCAGCUGUCCAAGUUGUAAUGUAUUCAAGAACCGGGUAUGUGUAUUUUUUGAUAGUCACAACUGAGCAGAGAGCAUUUUGUACCUCGAAAUAUAAUUUGAUGAAUACUUCACAUUUUUUUUAAUGCUAUAAAGUCAUGGAAAUUACUUGGCCCUUAAA